AUGUCGGGCGGCGCAGCUGGUGGCCCCAAGCCUCUUCCGUCCUCCGGGCCCAAGUCGCUGCGGGAGAUGCCACAUCCCCUGGCCACGACCAGCAGCGAAGAGAUGGGGCCGGCACUCACCCCCAGUCCCGAUCUGCUCCUGCCCCGCAGUAUCGCCGACAAGGAUCUUAGUCUACCCAAUGGCACACCUGUGGACACUUCUAGCCCAGCCUCCUCCUCCUCUCUCCUCAACAGACUGCAGCUGGAUGAUGACUUUGAUGGGGAAACUAGAGACCUCUUUGUUACUGUUGACGAUCCCAAAAAACACGUGUGCACCAUGGAGACAUAUGUCACAUACAGGGUUACAACAAAGACCACACGAGCAGAGUUUGAUUUGCCAGAGUAUUCUGUCCGCCGGCGGUACCAAGACUUCGACUGGUUGAGAAACAAGCUGGAAGAGUCUCAGCCAACGCAUCUCAUUCCCCCUCUUCCUGAGAAAUUUGUGGUGAAAGGUGUUGUCGAUCGCUUUUCUGAAGAGUUUGUGGAGACAAGGAGGAAGGCUUUAGACAAAUUCUUGAAGAGAAUAACUGAUCACCCCGUGCUUUCAUUCAAUGAGCAUUUCAACGUGUUUCUCACAGCCAAGGAUCUUAAUGCCUACAAAAAGCAAGGAAUGGCAUUGCUAUCAAAGAUGGGGGAGUCUGUCAAGUAUGUCACAGGAGGCUACAAAUUAAGAAGUCGACCACUGGAGUUUGCAGCCAUUGGGGAAUAUUUAGACACAUUCUCUCUAAAGCUUGGUACCAUUGACAGAAUAGCACAACGAAUUAUCAAGGAACAGUUGGAAUACUUGGUGGAAUUACGAGAAUAUGGACCUGUUUAUUCAACCUGGGGAGGGCUGGAGGUUGAGCUGUCAGAGCCACUGGAAGGAGUGUCUGCCUGUAUUGGGAACUGUUGCACAGCUCUUGAAGAACUCAGUGAAGAAAUGACAGAAGACUUCCUGCCUGUGCUUAGGGAAUAUAUAUUGUACUCAGAGUCAAUGAAGAACGUGUUGAAGAAGAGAGACCAAGUUCAAGCAGAGUAUGAAGCAAAACUGGAAGCAGUAGCCUUGAAAAAAGAAGACCGUCCGAAGGUACCUACAGAUGUGGAGAAAUGUCAAGACCGAGUAGAGUGUUUCAAUGCUGACCUGAAAGCAGAUAUGGAGAGAUGGCAGAACAACAAAAGACAAGACUUUAGGCAGCUACUCAUGGGGAUGGCAGAUAAGAACAUUCAAUACUACGAGAAGUGCCUUACGGCGUGGGAGUCAAUUAUACCACUAUUGCAAGACAAGCCAGAGACCAAAUAA